AUGUCAACGAAAUCGCGUAAUUAUCUGGAAACGAUUAUUAAUCAAAAAGAAGACGGCGAUGGAAGCAACGGUGAAGACGAAUAUGAAGAAGAUCUUGAAUUAGAGAACAACGAAGAAAACAACGACGAAGCUGGAGGCGAAGAAGGAGUCAAAAACAACGACAAAGCUGGAGGCGAAGGAAACGACGAACACGGAGGUGAAACUGAAGGAAAAGCUAGCGAUAAAAAUGAGAGCAAAAGUGGCGGCGAUCGAAGCGGAAAAGACGGAGGCAAAAGAAACAGCAAAGAUGGAGACGAGAGCAGCAGCAAAGACGGCGGCGAAAACAACAACAACGACGGCGGCGAGGGAGAAGACAAAGAUGAAAAUUAUGCACGCAACGACAGGAAUGAAGCCGGCAGCAGCGCCGCGAAAGUAAGCGCCAGUGAAGAAAUGAAAAAAGGCAACGUUGCGAAGUCGAAGCUUCUGGAAUUUCACAACCCAAGCAUCGACAUUUCGUUGGGCAUGGCAACACAGGUUGUGACUGAAUUUUCGGGUGAAACUUGCGCACGAAAAUGGAUUACGCAAAUGAAUAAUAUUGCAACCAUUUAUGGAAUUAACGGACAAUACGUUAAGAUGUUGAUGAUUAGUAAAAUCAAAGAAAAAGCAAACGUGUGGCUGCAUGCAAACCCUGAACGCAUCAUGCUACCGUUGGAGGAGUUAUCCGCUGAGCUAAUUUCGAAGUUAGAGGCAAGGCGUCAAUUCGAGAACCGUAAAUGGAGUUCCGGUGAAAGUUUUGGAAGUUACGUGGACGAUAAAGUGAUGCUUCAUCAGAGAAUCAACAUACAUAGAUGCAGAAAAGUUGAUAAGUCGCAUCAUUGA